AUGGUGGUGCGGAUUUCCAGCUGGUCAGCUGCCAUCAGUGAUUCCCAUAAGUCUAAUAAACUGAUGUCUCUACUUAUUGAACCAGCCUCUCAUGUCUUCAUGAACUCUGUGGGUCUCUUCUGCUCUUCUUCGAGCUUCAGUGAUCUCAGGAUGGCUUUCUCCUGGCUUAACAGCUUACCUAGCAGCCCUGCAAAGAGCUGCCAGGCCCUGUUGCACGAGUGCAACAGUGAAUCAGGCACUGCCUCUUCUUUCGUCCAGCAGGCCUCCACAGAGGUUCUCUGCCCUGUUGCACUGAUGCAUGCCUACUCCAGCCAAAAAAUAAAUUUUGGGACAUAUGAUAAUUACAUUCCAGUUAGUGAAUUAAGCAAAAAAUCAUGGAAUCAGCAACACUUUGCCCUGGCAUUUCCCAAACCACAGCGGCCAGGAAAAAGAAGGAGAUCAAGACCUUCCCAACUAAGAGACAAUACACUUCCUAAAAUUGAUGGUGAAAAAUUAAGAGGUCAUACCCAGCCAUUAUGGAUGCAUCGUUCUUUAAUGAGAAUUUCUGAGAGACCAUCUGUUUAUUUAGCUGCCAGGAGGCAGCCCCCAAGACAGCCAACUCUCUCCACCGUAAAGGAUUCUAAAGAAGCAGGUUUAAAGAAACCUUUAUCUCCAGAAACAGGCAAGAAAGGUAAAGAAGACAAGAAAGUAAAGGACACAUCAGAUUCAGAAGACGAAGUGAAAAAGGUUAAGAAAGAUUCAAAGAAAGAAAAAGAUGUAAGUAAAGGAACUAAAGAUGAAAAAGACACUGGAAAAACAGAUUCAAAAAAAGACAAAAAAGGGUCAAAGACGGGCAAGGAUUCAGGUACAGAAUCUGAAGAUGAAAAAUCAGGUUCAAAGAAAGAUGAUAAAAAGAGUAAAAAAGAUACAAAGAAGGGCAAGGAUGCACCUGCAGAAUCUGAAGAUGAAAAACCAGGUCCGAAGAAAGAUGACAAAAAAGGUAAAAAAGAUACAAAAAAGGGCAAGGAUUCACCUACAGAAUCUGAAGAUGAAAAACCAGGUCUGAAGAAAGAUGACAAAAAAGAUGGAAAGAAGGAUAAGGACGCAAAGAAAGGUGAUGAAUCAAAGGACAGCAAGAAAGAUGCAAAGAAGAAGGAGAGUAAAAAAGACAAAGCUGAAAAGAAGCCCAGUGGUACGGAAAGUGAACCAAAGGACGAUACCAAAAAAGAUGCCAAGAAAGAUGCCAAGAAAGAUGCUAAGAAAGAUGCCAAGAAAGAUGCCAAGAAAGAUACUGACACAUCAUCUGCUGAAUCAAAGAAAGAUGACAAAAAGGCUGCAAAGAAGGACGCAAAGAAGGGAAAUAGUCUGAACCUUAAUCUAGGAGGAAAGAAAAGGAAAAAAAAAAAGAAAAAUAGAAAAAAAAGAAGAGAAAAGCAGAGAAAAGAAGAUAUCACUACUUCCUUGUGA